CCCUGGGAUAUGUAGUGCGUACCUGGGGCCGCACGCCGACCUCCAGCGGCAUUUUUUCCUGCUGUGGGGUACCGACCGUGCCGGGGAAAGGGGGAUGUUUCUCAAGGAAAGAUGAACAGCUCUGGGCUACGACGGGUGAGCGAGACAACAGAGGCUGCCGCGGCCCUUGUGGGGAAGCAGCAAUAAACCUGACUUCUAGCCUUCCCCAGGACCUUCCAGAAAAGUUCCCGGGAAGUCUAGGGCCAGGUGGCGGCGGCGAGGAUCCCACAGAGAGAGUUCCACUGGUGAGCUGGGGACGCAGGGUUCCGCGGAGAAACCGAGGCCCGCUGCCCGGCGUUGGGCUGUGAAACGCGGAGGACUGGGGCAGGGCUGAGCCCGCUCGGAACCAACACGGUGGAGACCGCAUGCCCCGGUGUGUUCGGCUCGGCUGUUUGGCGGGCGCCGAGCGUGCCUGUCAUUUGCAAGCCGUGCUUCUGUUUGACCUGCGCUACCUGGUCACCACGGGCUCAAGAAGAAAUGAGCAAGGCUGACAUCUUGCUACCGUGUUAAGACCUGCCACUUGUGCUCUGCCAUCCCAUAUUGGAGCAGGAGUUAGUCUUGGCUGCUCUACUUCUGAUCCAGCUCCCUGCUAAUGUGCCUGAGAAAGCAGUGACAGAUGAUCCAAAUGCUUGGGCCCCUGAGAAAGCUCUGAGCUCCUGGCUUUGACUUGACCCAGCCCCGGCCAUUGAGGCCAUUUGGAGAGUGGACCAGUAGAUGGAAGAUCUCUGUCUCUCUGCCUUUCAAAUAAAUAAAUAAAUAAAUAAGUAAAUGUAUUAAUUAAAAUCAAUGAACAAAUUAUCCUGUAAGCAAAUAUACAGACACCAUCCUAACAAUUUUUAUUCUGUUUCUGAUUGAAUAACUACUCUUUAGAAACUUUAAAGAUGCUAUAUUUUUUUACUUCAAACGAUUUUCAGUUUUACUCUUUUAACUAAAAAGACGAUUUUGAGGAUUGUUUUAAGAUUUAUUUAUUUAUUGUUUAUUGAAAAGCAGAGUGUCAGAGAGAGAGGGAGAGACAUUUACUCUGCAAAUGUCCAUAGCAGCCUAGGCUGCACCCAGCUAAAGCCAGGAGUCAGCAGCUUCAUUUGAAUCCCCUAUGUGGGUAGCAGGACCCAAGUACUUGUACCAUCAUCUGCUGUCUUCCUAGGUGUAGUGGCAGGAAGAUCGAUCAGUAGUGGAGUUCACAGAACUUAAAUGAGCACUUCAAUAUGAGAUGAGGGCCUCCCAAGCAGCAACUUAACCUGCUGUGUCCCAAACUGCCCUGAGUUUUUUUUUUUUUUUUUUUAAGAUUUAUUUAUUUUAUUUGAAAGGCAGAGUUACAGAGAGGCAGAGGCAGAGAGAGGUCUUCCAUCUGCUGGUUCCCAAAUGGCUGCAACAGCCAGAGCUGUGCCGAUCUGAAGCCAGGAGCCAGGAGCUUCUUCCAGUGAAUGCAGGGGCCCAAGGACUUGGGCCAUCUUCUGCUGCCAAGCACAUUAGCAGGAAGCUGGAUCAAAAGUGGAGCAGCUGGGAUUCAAACCGGCACCCCUUGGAAUGCUGGUGUUGCAGGCAGUGGCUUUACCAGCUAUGCCACAGUGUUGGCCCCUGGACUGGUUGGUUUUGCAUCAAAUCCUGCUACUCAGUUCUACUGCUUUCCCAGGUCAUAGCAGAGAGCUGGAUCGGAAGUGGAGCGGCUGGAACUCGAACAGCGCCCAUAUUGGAUGCUGGCACUGCAGAAGCUGCAUGUUGGAAUGGAUUUAGUCAUCAUAAUGGAAGCAAAAUAUCUGAAGUGUAUAACACCCAAGUACUGCACUGACUGCUAGUGCAGAUGGUUUUCUUUACCUAAGGAAAUUUGUGAUAUAUGUGAAAAGAUACCUUUUCUCUAGACUCAUUGGUUAUAAAUAUGUUUCGUCUGAGAGCUGUUUGUCCAUUCUGGAGAGUGUUUCCAUUUCGACCCUUUAGCUGUGAACCAUUAAUUAUCCAAAUGAAUAAGUGCACAAAUGAAGAGCAAGUGUUUGAUCUAAUUGCAAGAAACAAAGCCGCACUUUCAGAAAAGCAAGUGGGAUGUGCAUUUAAUGCACUUUGGCAGCUUCAAAAGCAGAAGACUACAUCGUUAAAAGAUAUUGAGGGUGUCAGAAACCAUCCCCACUUUCUUUCUCUUCAUAAUUUAACCAUAAGUAAAGUCAAAUUAAUGGAUGAUGAUACCCUGGUGAAUGUGUUAUACAUCACACAACAGUUUGCUGUGGAGGCCCAUGACCCACUAGUUGAAGCACUGGUUACAGAAGCAUGGACAAGGCUGGAAAGGUUUGACUUUAAUGUAUUGUCUAAAUUUUCCACUUGCCUAGUGGAUCAGCAUUUGAAUUUAAGUCCAUUAAUGGGAGAAAUAGCUGAUAUUGUAAAUAGGAACUUGGAAGCCAUACAAGACUUAAGGUCUUUGUCUGUCUUGAUGGUCAGCAUAUCAUCUUUAAUAUCACAACAUUUUCAAGAACAAUUAGUGAAAAAAGCAGAAGUGCUUUUUGACACCAUAAAUCAUUGUGACAUCAACAUUGCAAGAAGAAUAGUACAGUUUCUUCGAAAUGUGAAUUGUAGUUAUUACCCACUACUAGAAAGAUGUAAUAAAGUGUUUUUAAGCAACAUGAGCCACCUUGAUUUGGAUUCCAUCAGUAAAAUAUUUGGUCUUUACCAGUGUCUACAGUUUCAUAGUUUUGAAUUUAUUACAAUGGCUAAAGAAAGGCUAACUGAAAUGAUUCCUCUGUUUGAUCACCCUGCAAGCUUUGCCAAAUUGUUUGUAGCACUGGGACCCAUAGCAGGACCUAAAGAGAAGAAACAACUUGAGUCAACUAUAUUGUUGAUGUCAGAGGAGCUGACAAGCCAGCAAGUCCUGGCCGUGGUGGGAGCAAUGAAAGAAAUGGAAAGCAAGAAUUCACAUCUGAAUAAAAAGAUUGCUUCAAUUCUGCAUAAACAUUUGGAUAAAUACAAACCAAUAGAGUUAUUGAAGAUAAUUCAAGCAUCAGUUUUUCUACAUUUUCGAAGUAAAGAGUUUUUUGUGAAACUCAGAGAAUUACUGCUUAGUUAUCUGAAAAUCAGUGUCAUGCCAAGUGAGAUUUCCAUCCUGGUCCACGCUAUUUGCAUGCUUCCUAAUCCUCGGCUAAAUGAAGCAGUGAUAGCCCGAGUUGAAGAAGUUUUGCCGUGCUGUGACCUCACUGAGCUGAGUGUUUUUGUCACAUCUGUUUUAAGAUGGAUUCAGUAUGAGCACGUGUAUUCAGAUGGUCUUCCUGGGAAACAGCUGAAACUACUUCAAAAGUUAGAUCACUAUGGUUGCCAGAGACUACAACAAAGCAAUAGUUUGGAUCUGUUACGGAAGGAACUGAAAGUUUUAAAAGGAGACUGGUUUUCUGAGUCACUUCUUGAAGAGACAUUUGCAGCUUUACAGCGUUUGAUGAAUGAAAUUAAUGGCACAAAUGUUGCAGAAAUUGCAUCUUUCAUCUCUAGAACUAACUACCUCAGUACUUUGCUGCUUGAUAGAAUAGCCUCCGUGGUUGUUCAGGAGAUUGAAAAGAUCCAUCCUUUUGCAAUCUUUGGUGUUAUUCUUCCAUUCAGCACCUUGAACUAUGAUCCACCUCAAAGGGAAGAAUUUUUUGGAACUUGCAUGCAACGUCUUAAUUCUUAUUUAGGUAUAUUGGAUCCUCUUGUGUUAGUGUUUCUUGGUUUCUCUUUGGCCACAGUUGAAUAUUUUCCAGAAGAUCUGCUAAAGGCAAUUUUUAACAUCAAAUUCUUAGCCAGAUUAGAUUCUCAACUUGAGAUUUUACCUUCAUCUCUGAGUACAAGGAUCCAGUUUCGUCUUAUGGAGUUAAACAGAGCAGUCUGCUUGGAAUGCCCUGAGUUUCAGAUUCCGUGGUUUCAUGACCAUUUCUGCCAACAACACUAUAAUAGAGAUAUUGGCAGUGUGGAUGGAGCACAACAACAGAUUUAUAAACUAUUAGCAGAGGUCCUGGGUGGGAUCAACUAUGUAAAAGCCUCAGUUCUUACUUCAUACUACCAUACAGUAGAUUUUGAAUGUAUCUUGGAUAAAAGGAAAAAACCUCUUCCUUAUGUGAGCCAUAAUACAACUUUGGGAAAACUACCAGAAAUGUCCUGGGAAUCAAAUACCCAAAUAGUUGGAUCAAGGCUGCCACCAGGAGCUGAAAGGAUUGCUUUGGAAUUUUUGGAUUCAAAAGCUUUCUGUACAAACAUCCCUCACUUAAAAGGAAAAUCUGCUAUGAAAAAACGACACUUAGAAAUCUUGGGUUAUCGUGUAGUUCAGAUCCCUCAUUUUGAAUGGAACUCUAUGGCACUGUCAACCAAGGAUGCUCGGAUGGACUACCUGAGAGAACAUAUAUUUGGAGAAGGCAAAUCAUGACUGUAGUUUUAUUUAAGAUGAGUUAGCAUGGUGUGUCACAUCUGUAACUAUUUUAAUUAAGUUACCUGACUCAAUUAAAAAAUUCUGAGGUAGGACAUGUCUGGUGUAUUUUAAAAUAACAAGGAAUCCAUUGUGGCUACAGCAGAAUAAGUGAGGUGGGAGUAUAAGAGAAAAGGCAAGAAGUAACAAGGACAGAUAUAUACAACCUCUUGGGAGAUAAGAAGCCCUUGGAGGGUUUCCAGCAAGGACUAACAGGAGCUCACAUUUUAAAUACAUCACUUUGGCUGCCCUAUUAAGAGGAGGAAAGACUAUGGUGGGGUAAAUGUAAAAGUAGGGAAACUUACAAGAUCAUUGCAAUAAUCCAGACAAGAAAUGGAUGGUGGCUUGGAGAGAGUAGCAAAAGUAGAGGUGGUGAGAGGUGGUCAGGUUUUUGGGGAUAUUUUGUAGGUAAAGGCAACAGAACUUGCUCACUGACUGCAUAUGAAUUACGAGAGAAAUAGGAGUCAAGGAUAAUUCUGAGUUUUUAUCCUAAGCAUCUAAAAGGGUUUAAUUGCCAAUAACUGAGACAGAAAAGUAUUUGGGAGAACAAGAUGGGCCUUGGGGUACAGGGGAAGGAUUGUGUGUUUGUUUUAGACAUGUUGGAUUUGUGAUGCCUUUUAAAUAGCUAAGUGACAACAGAGAAUUAAAUAAAUUAAUAAAUUAAAUACAGAAUUGAAUAAAUCAGGUUUUGGCAGUCAGGAGAGGCAUCUAGGCUCCAGAUAUAAAUGUGAAAGUUGUCAGUGGUAUUUAAUGCCAUAAGACUAGAUGCGGUUACUAAAGAUGUGAUCAGAGAAGAGUGGGAAUGCAGGGGAAGUAGGAGGACUGAGCUACAGGGCAUUCCAACAUUAAGACAUGAAGAAGAACAGCCAGCAAAGGAGACAUGGGCAGAGGUGGCGGAAGAGUCACUGAAGGCAGUGAAUACUUUCUAGAAGCCAAGUGGAGAAAGCAUUUCAAUGAGAGGAGGUGAAUAGUUAUAUCAGAUGUGCUGAUGGGUAAGAUAGGAACUGGGAAAUGUCAUUUAGCUACAUGAAGAUCAUUGGUAACAUUGAAAACAAAGUUGUGUUGGUCAAGUGGGGUUGUGAAAGCCUGAUUGAUCCAAGAGAAAGUGGGAGGAGAUGUGAAUUUUCUUCUAAAUGAAACCAAAGAAAUGGGUGGUAGCCGAGUGAGGCAAUUGUGAUCUGAUCUGAUCCCACACAUGCUGAGGAUAUAAGAAUUUUUCUGUAUGAAAACAUUCCAAGAUGGCAGAAUAGGGAGGGAUCUUUCUGCUUUAGUCUAAGGGAAGAUAGUUUAAAACAAACAAACAAACAAAACAAAACAAGUGGACAGAGUACAAUCUCAGGAAAGAGAGAAAAUUGCAGAGGAAACUUCAUGCAAAUUAGAGGGACACUGCGGAUCUACAUAGAGGGUGUAGAUGUGCACAACUCGGGACCCAAGCAGCUGAGAGCCUCAACAUCAGCUUUGGAGAGUGAGGUGAGACCAGACUGGAACAAUCCAAGCCACUGACAAUAAAGUUGCAGGAAGAGCCUGGCAUUGUCAGUCCAGCUUGGAGCCCUAUGGGGGACGGUGUACCUGCCAACCAAGAGGACAAAAAAGGAGGCACAUUUCCCUCUUCCUGAUCACCUGGCACCACCAUCCUGUAACUAGCCAAAAGAGGGUGGGUGCCAUUUUGGAUAUAUGUAACAGCCUGAAUCUGGCUAGGAGAAUUGACAGGAGGUUGGAUGCUCAUGACCGUGGGAGUCUUGUGUGCUGGGGCUGUGAAAACACUGUGGCUGUGUGGGAAGGUGCAGGGUGUGGCUGGAUCUUUGGGCAGUCAUUGUGGGUGGCUCCACAUGCUCAGGGCUCCCUGAUUCCCUGGUGAGGGUCACUGCUGUAGGAUCUGUGUCACACUGAGGACUGUGAGGAUACUUUGGGUGGUUCUUGUGGCAGCAUGGAAAAUAUUAUACCCACUGGGGUUAGUGCCCAGGCAUUGGUCUCCUUGAAGGAGAUGAGGUGAGUGUGAGACUGUGCCAACAGAGCCGAUCAAACUUCCCUCUGAUUAAUAAAAAGAGAGAGAGAUUUACCAUGCCCAAUUUGGGUGUCACCUUAGGCACUCCCCUCACCCUGGAGCACUGAACAGAGCUCCCUGGCUAUACCCAGCACACAUCUCUAGGUAUUCACUGAAAGAUCAGACACUCCACUAAGCCACAAAGGCAUAGUCCAAAGAUAAAAGCCAUCACAGGGGAAAGAAGAAAAAAAAAAAAAACCAACAA